UUCCUUUGCAACCAGGUCUGUAUAAAUACAGAUCCAUCGAUUCAUCGAUAAGCAUACCUCCAGAAUUAAGCAACAAUCACCUUUCAGUUGACGAUUUUCAUCUCUUUGUGAAUCAAGCAUCUUCAUCAUGGCCGAAAACGAUGUUCCUGUUACUAAUCAACAACCACAGGUUCAAAGCGAACAAGAGAGAUUGAAGUAUCUUGAAUUUGUGCAAGUGGCAGUUGUCCAUGCAGUUGUUUAUGCAUCAAGGGCGUAUGGGUAUGCGAAGGACAACUCUGGUCCCCUGAAACCUAGCGUGGAGACAAUAGAAAGUACUCUAAAGACUGUUGUUGGACCUGCUUAUGAUAAGUUUCAAGAUGUCCCUGUUGAUGUCCUGAAGCGUGUUGAUCGUAAGGUUGAUGAGUCGGUGACCAUAAUCGACAGCCGGGUGCCGCCUUUGUUGAAGGAGGUGAAGACCGCCGGAGUGGUGGAGACCGCCUCCGGGCUAGCGAAAACCGCGUACACGAAGCUGGAGCCGACGGCAAAAGGGAUUUACGUAAAAUACGAACCGGUUGCAGAGCAAUAUGCUGCAUCAGCUUGGCACUCUUUGAAUCAGCUUCCACUUUUCCCUAAAGUGGCUGAAGUGGUUGUACCAAAAGCGGCUUACUAUUCUGAAAAGUACAACCAAACUGUGCAGCAAACAGCUGAGAAAGGGUACAAGGUUUCUUCUUAUCUUCCAUUGGUGCCCACUGAGAGGAUUGCCAAGGUGUUCAACCCUACUGAUUGAGAAAAGAUACGUGUCUAUUGGAGCCAGAUAUUGUAGUAAAAACCUUUUCAUUGGAGUUUGGUGUUUUGUUCAUGUAUAGUUUUAGUUAUUAAUGAAAUCGUGUAUUAGUGUUUGUGUUUGUCGUGAUAGAAGUUUUAAAGUUUAUAAGUUAUGAUGUCUUGACUAUUGUUGAUUGAUUUAUUAGAGUUUUGUUGCUUGGUUUUA